AUGGCACAACGAACUGUUUUUUCAAGCAUCGUGAAUACUACCGAUGAUAGUAGUCCUCGUUCCACCAAAACAUACGAUACACUCCGUCCUCACUAUUAUACAUCAUUUCAAAAUUAUUGUUGUAGUCCAAAAUCGAAUCCGUCGACAUCAUCACAAAUUAAAGAUGUUUUACCUAUUCCAGAAAAAUUCAAAAUCGAAGCUAAAGAUCUAUUGACUAGUAUCAACUGUUUUCUUAUUGAAAAUCUUCAUGAAGUUACAAAAUAUACAAGUGUUUUACCAAAUACUUUCGUUGAAAAAACAGAUCAUGUCGAUAAUCAACGUUAUUUAAUCGAUCGAGCAAUGUUCAGAAUGAUGAAUGGUGCUCAAAUAAUCAACUGGAGCUCAUCAUUGCCAAUGCUCUAUCCUAUUCGAACGUCAGGUAAUGGCAAUUGUCUUCUACAUGCUGUGCUUAUUGCAAUGCUUGGUAUACAUGAUUUGAAUCUUUACUUACGUGAUCGACUGGUACAAUUCAUGGAUGAAAAUAAAGAAAUAUUGAAAAAUCAUUGGAGAAUAGAACGACUGAAAUCGGAUAAAAAAUAUGGUAUAAAUUCCGAAGAUUCGAAACUUGACGAGGAAUGGAAUGAAUUAUGUAAUCUUGUUCGUUAUGAAAAUACUGAAGAUGGACAAACAGCAACUCAGUUACAAUAUCUUGAAGCCGUACAUAUAUUUUCUAUUUCCAAUAUGCUUUGUCGACCAAUUAUUGUUCUAUCUGAAGAUUGGAUUCGAAAUAAAAUUGGCGAAGCUAUUUCAGUAAAUGAUCUUUACGGAAUUUAUUUACCUACUCUUUCACCACCACUUGAAUGUAAUACUGAGCCAAUUGUAUUAGCGUACGAUCGAUCUCAUUUUUGUGCAUUAAUAACCAGUGAUAUUGGUCAUAGUAAAUCAUCGAAGAAUUUUCUUCCACUCUAUCUAUCAGUUAACCAUGCGUAUGAUGGAAUGCCGUUACCGAUUCGAUUUUUAGGUGAAGAUGGAAGCAUUGAAUAUUCGAAUAAUUUACUUGAUGAAUAUUUACGAGUCAAAAAAAUAGAUUAUAGUUUUGAUUCAAACUCUUCAUCAUUAUCUAUUCUAUGUACAGAAUUAGGUAGUAAACAUUUGUUACCGAACGAUAGUUUUUUUACUCUAUUUCAAAAAUAUUUGAAUGAUUUCUUUGAAGUACAAAAACCUAAGUCAAUAGCAGAUCAACAAAAACGUGAGAAACAACGUGAACUAAAUAAACAUGUUGCUCGUGAUCUCUAUAAUGAUGACAAAAGUCUAUCGACAAUCAAACAACUUCCAUCUUUGUCCUCAUCAUUAUCACCGAGAUUGGCACGUUCGAAUGCUACCUCUUAUGAUAUUCUAUCGCACAAUCAAGAUAAUGGUUCUUAUGAACAACGAUAUGCAUAUGAUGGCACUUACGCUGAUCAAUCAAAUGUACCACAUACUAGUACUUUCUAUAUAGAAAAUCCAGCGUAUAAAUCUCAGCAAUCACCAAGACCUUCGGAGUAUGUAGAAGUACUACGAAAAGAUACGGGUCUUUAUACCACUGAUAUUGAGCCGUCGAAGCAAUCAUAUUUUAAUAAUAACACAAGUAAUAUUAGCAAUUUGAACAGUUAUGAUAAAUAUUUCAAUACCGGUAAUUUACCGUUACGAGAAGAUGAAUCAAAACAUAGACGAGAACGACAGCAACAACAGAACGUCAUCAAUAGUCCUGUUCGAUAUAUAGCGCCUCGUAUAGUAUCAAUGAAUCACACACCUGCCAUUUCUGCAGACAGACAACUUACAACUGACAAAUGUAUUAUUUGUAAUCGUAGUUGCAAUGACGUCAAAUCUAACUAUAUAUGUUCUAAAUGUGAGCAUGAGCAGCAUCUUCAUACUUCGCAGUAUGAAGCUUCAAAUCGGCCAUUUAGUCAAUUAGGGCGAACAAAUCUGUAUCUAACAGGAGAUAAUUUUCGUUCCCCGUCUACUUUAUCAUCAAUACCGAAAAUCAAAACUCGUCGCAUGAUUGUUUGCCCAAAUUGUAAAAGUACGAAUAUGAAUUAUGCAUCAAACAGUUCAAACUACUCUUGCUCUGCGUGCAGACAAACCAUAGCUCCCGAAUAUUUAUAUUAUUAA